AUGGAUCCCCAUCCAGACCCGUCCGACUCUCAAGGACGCCUCGCCACCCACCACGCGACUGCCACGCCCCUGCGUUCUAACGGAUCUGUGCGAGAGACAGUCAUAGCAUUUGAUCCCAACCACAACCAGCCACUGGGAUGGAGGAUCCCGGAGCAACCACGUCCUGGCAUGAUCAAACUGUCCGUCAUGGAAAUUGCCGCAACGCUAGUCAGCGCCUCUGAACCCGCAGCCCAAUCUAGCACAUCUCCAAGCCGUAGGAGCUCACGAGGGGAAGAUAUAUCAGAAAUUAUACCUUACUACCAUACAAGCUCAGACAUAUCCGAGCACUCAUCUGACCACACCCAAGAAGGUGACUGUUGGGAAGAUUGGGAAGAUGCUCCCAUCACUACGAAUCCAGCGCAGAGCCACGACGACGAAUACUCGCCUCCUGACUCGUUAAGCUCGAGCCAGUGUUCUAGCCCAAGCUUAACCCACGUUUCACCUCCAGACUCGCCGCUCCCCGAGCGUUACACUCAGGUUCUUGACAGUGUUCUAAAUGACCGGCCAACUGUACAUCUUUCCGCCGAAAAUACGUUUAAAAACGGAGUUAUACAGCUGAUGGGAAGGGUAGAGCCAUUACAUCACGACUAUGAGAUUAUUGAUGGACUAAUUGAGGACAUUGUAUACGGGCAACCUAUUUCGGGAUGGGACUUUCAGCUGAUCGAGCUGCUUGGCAAGAACAUCGCCGGGAAUCCAAGUCUCGCGCAUACAGCAUGUGAUUCACUUCAAUUCUAUCUCAGCAGUGACAGCGUUCGUGAUCAAUUAAUCGCCGUGGCUCUAUGGAGCCUCCUACUUCAACAUUCGAGGACGUUGUUCAUUUCGUGUACCAUACACUCGGGAUUUCUGAAGAGUCUCGAAGGUAUUGUCCUUAACAAGUUCACAACCCCUCCCGUUCGCGAGUUCAUCAUCAUGGUCCUUGGUGCCGCAGCGUUCAAGUCUGGCUCAACGAGGUAUGGAAGAGAAGUUAGAGCGACGUGGGGGAAAGUCAGACCGCCUUGGAGGCCAAGACAGGGAAUGGAAUCUUGGCCAGACGUGUCGACCUUACCUCCCCUCGACGUUCCACAAGAGUUCAGUAAUCCCGCCAGUGCGCUCAGUGUCCCAACGAAGACGAGUGAGCCAGAAAGCAGAGGCCCUCUGACUGGCCUUGGGUUGAGUCGGUCGAUCCAGGUCGUCAGGGAAGACUCUGAAGUAUCUCCCAUAAACGGCGAGCCUCAUGCGGUCAUUCGGCCAGAGGAUAAUCCAGAUAGUUCAGUUGCUGAAACAACGGGAUACCUAGAUUCGGACGACGAUCACCUCGAGUUGGGCUAA